AUGGCUGAACCAGCAGACGAGGCUGCGGUGGGUGGAAAGUUUGUCCAGAAAGAAAGAAUAAAAUACAGCCCGGAGGAGGAGGCCAGGCUGGAGAGACAGCACUUCUGGAGGAUUAUCAACGCUUUCAAGUUUUACAGGGCCCAUGUCCAGGACCGAGUCCAGCGCGCCGAGCGCCAGUUCCUCAGCCUCCCAAAACACCACCAGGAUCUCCUGCCCGGCGUCCUGUCCAACCUGGCCCAUAUCAGCCAGUGUGCAGAACACAACCAGGAGGUGCUGCAGGCCAUCGUUCACAACAGCCUCCACAUUUUUGAGAACAUGGAGUACAGUGAGAGGGAGGAUCCGAGGAAGGCACGUCCGUCCUCUACAUUUGACAUGGACAAAUUGAAGUCCACCAUAAAGCAGUUUGUCAGAGACUGGAGUGAAACAGGCCGGGCUGAGAGGGAAUCCUGUUACAAGCCGAUCAUCCAAGAGAUCCAAAGACUCUUCCCAAGUGACCAAUGUGAUGUGUCUAAGGUGAGCGUGCUGGUUCCGGGUGCCGGACUUGGCCGUCUGGCUUGGGAGAUAGCUCGACUGGGUUAUAUCUGCCAAGGCAACGAAUGGAGUUUCUUCAUGCUGUUUUCUUCAAACUUUGUUCUUAAUAGGUGUGAAAAGGUGAAUGCUUUGACCCUGUACCCCUGGAUUCAUCAGUUUAGCAACAACAAGAAAUCCUGCGACCAAACACGGCCGAUCACAUUCCCUGACGUUAAUCCUCAGAGCUUGCCAAUAGAUUCAGAAUUCUCCAUGGUUGCAGGGGAUUUUGUGGAGGUCUACAAUAACUCAGAGUCCUGGGACUGUGUGGCCACCUGUUUCUUCAUUGACACGGCUCACAACGUCUUAGAAUAUGUGGAAACCAUCUGGAAGAUUCUUAAACCAGGGGGAGUGUGGAUUAACCUCGGCCCUCUGCUGUAUCACUUUGAGAACAUGGCCAACGAACUCUCAAUUGAACUUAGUUACGAAGACAUUCGGAAAGCGAUGAUCAACUACGGCUUUCACAUCGAGGUGGAGAAGGAAUCCAUGCUGACCACCUACACAGAGAAUGACCGCUCUAUGCUGAGGUAUGUUUAUGACUGCGUCUUCUUUGUAGCUCGAAAACCUACAGAGCCGCACUCGAACGGUCAAGACGACGAAAUUUCACCAUCGGCAGCGAAGUCACCGCGGCGGGACGAUGUUGACUACCUAACGUGACAAGAGGACCCGGUGAUAAAAAUAUUGAACUUGCCAAAGUAGGACUUGUGAAGAACUUGACAAAAAAAAAACAAGUGAAUGGACUGAGAAAGUAAAAAAAAAAAAAGUGGAUGUCAUAUACUUUUUUUGGUCAAAAAUAUCUUUGUGAUGACUCUCUUGAAACGAAACAGUUUGACCAGUCAUGCAGCUCCUGUUCUUUGUGGAACGAAGUAAGCCCCUUUUAUUAGCUUAAAUAUUGAAUGUAAUAAAUAUCGCACUAUAUGUUGUCUGAAACAUCUGGAUAAAAACAUUUCACAGCCUUGGGUGAGACGAUGAAUUUGACA